AUGAUUCGUCAGAGGCUUCAAACAACUCAAAGUCGACGAAAGAGCUAUGCCGAUCAUCGGAAGAAAGGUUUGGAGUUUGAGAUAGGGGAUAAAGUAUUUCUUCGUGUUACUCCAUUGAAAGGAAAGAUUAAAGGAGGAAAAGGGAAAAAGUUGCAACCGAGGUACAUAGGACCCUUUAAUAUACUCCAGCGGAUAGGGAAGGUGGCUUAUCAACUAGAAUUACCAGCUAGUUUGUCUUGGAUCCAUGACGUUUUCCAUGUUUCUCUGCUUAAGGAAUACCAUCUGGAUCCGACUCACAUUUUGCCACCAGAAGAUAUUGAACUCGAUAAGUCAUUAGCCUAUGAGGAACGACCCAUUCGAGUACUGGAUAGAAAGGUGAAGGACUUGAGGAACAAGCAGAUUCCACUAGUGAAGGUUCUAUGGAAACACCAUGACGUGGAGGAAGCCACCUGGGAGCUAGAGAAGGACAUGCAAGAGAAGUAUCCAAACUUGUUUACAGCUCAAGAUAUGAAUUUUGAGGGAUGGAAAAUUGAAACGGAGCCCCGACAACUAACGGGAAUGGCCAUGCUAAUGGUCAUGUAG